AUAUCUGCUCCUCGUCGCAGCCGAAGUUUCACCGCAGGAGCGCGGCAUAAAGUUCAAGCGCGGAGCUGUUCGUCCGUCCGUUUGUCGCGUCGCGAACCAAACAACGCGCUCGUUAUCGCGUCACACAUCAUUAAACGCGUGCGAGUCUCGGCCACUCUCGAGAGAGAAUCGAAGCGUUUUGUCCGCCGAUCGCGAACGCGCGAGUUUCACUUCAGUGCUCGACACUGACGUGCGCGUGAAAUUCCGCACACACGGCGGAAGCCAUUGAAGUUGUUCGCCGUUUGCCGCCGGUGGUGCGCGAACUGCACCGAAGUCGUGACUUCCAUUCGAAGUACCUCGAAGUGCUGCGUGCGCGCGCGAGAGAGAGCUGGGGAGGUUCAGUUUCUUUCCUCGCUUCUACUCGCGUUUCUACUGCCGCGACUCGAUCGUCGAUCGUGGAGAAGCAAUACAGUAUUUCUUACUGAGCACUAAUGGCUGUCAAAGGGCUAGUCGCAGCAAUCGUUCAGUUCCUGACCGAUCAGCUGCAGAAUGGAGAUAUGACAGCAGAUUCGCGUGAAAGUCUGGAAGUGGCGAUCCAAUGUCUAGAAAGUGCUUACAAUGUGCAAGCCUCUGAUACUCCCAACAAUUUCAAUCUCUACAAUGUUUAUAAGAAUACGGUGGAGAAUGUUGAGCUAGGUCCAGAGGCUACAUCAGAAGCCAAGGCUGAAGCGGAGAGAUUGAAGAACGAAGGCAACGCACUGAUGAAGGCAGAAAAGCACCAGGAAGCACUCGCUAACUAUACAAAAGCGAUAGAGCUGGAUGGUCGCAACGCGGUGUAUUACUGUAACAGAGCUGCUGUUCAUAGUAAACUCGGUAAUCACACCUUAGCCAUCAAGGACUGUCACACGGCGCUCGCCAUUGACCCGUCAUAUAGCAAGGCGUAUGGGCGGUUAGGUUUAGCAUACUCCGGCUUGGACAAGCACAAAGAGGCCAAGGAGAGCUACGAGAAGGCCCUGGCGAUGGAGCCGGAUAACGAGAGUUAUCGGAAUAAUUUGCAAUUGACAGAAGAGAAACUGGCCCACUUAGGUGUUAACCAAGCUCUGGUGGGCGGUCUACCCGGCAUGGACUUGAGCGCCCUUCUGAGCAACCAAGCCUUGAUGAAUAUGGCUCGUCAGAUGUUAUCCGACCCAGCUAUGCAGAAUAUGAUGUGCAAUCUCAUGGCAGGCAACGUGGAGGAAGGCGGUCGCAUGGGAGCGCUCAUAGAAGUAGGUCAACAGUUGGCGCAGCAAAUGCAGAACGCGAAUCCCGAGUUGAUCGAGUCGCUGAGACGGCAAAUGGGCGGCAAUCCGAAUGAUCCGGACCCGUCGCAGCAGAAUUAAAAGAGCAUACAUCUGACUGUCUGUGAUAGGUGGAUUUAACUACGGCUGACUCUCCUUCUCGCUCGUGUAGCUACGAGACGAUGUGUCGCAUUGUCGUUUUCUAAGAGGCGCCACAAACGAGGCGAGACUUAUGGCUUCAAUGAUCUUUCAGACAUCUGACGUCAUUUUAUUUUGACAUGGUAUUUUGGACGCCGCUGUAACGCGCCCAAUAUCAUAGAGAGUUCGUUUAUCAUAGAUUAGUCACUGAUUACACACGCGAGAAUUAUGUCUUUUGGGCCUCCGACUGUGCGAUAUUUGGAAGGCAGACGUGCGAACGAAUUUGAACGGACAGUGGAAAUGUUUUUUUAUCUUUUUUUUUUCUAAAUGCGCCGCAACGAUCUGUACAUGUAGCAAUGCGACAUGCGGCUUAACGUAACACGAUAUCCUUAGGGCAUUCUUUUUCUUUUUUAGCUUGAAUGUCCGAAUGCUGCGUCGCGUAUACGAGACACAUGUAACGUAAUUACUCAAGUUGUUUUCCUCCCGUUAAUACGUAACGACGUUUUACAUCGACAUCAUUUAUACAUACAUAUAUCGAGAGUGUAUUGGACCACCAAUGACAUUUUAUCGUUUGUUAAAAUCCAAAUGUGAAUGGCUGGCGAUUCGAGAAUUCGAUUCGCGAUAAUGAGUGAGCGGAGCUGCACCGAAUACAUCAUCGGCAACGUACCCUAUAAAUGGACUGUAAUGUAGAAAACAAUUUCUUGUCGAGAAUUGCCUUUUAUAAGCGCGUGAUCGAAUUGCAUAUUCGUUGAAGUUUCGCAUGGGAACUUUCGCAUAUUAGCUCUAAACAGAGUGUAUGCCCAGUUCCUCAAUGCGUCACUUGUCGAGGAUUGAGCGAUAUGCUGACUCUUGGAGAAUAAAUUGCAUCGAGAGCACUCGA